AUGUCUAAUGAAUCUUCAUCAAGCAAUACAAUUAUUGCAAUGCGAUUAGUAGAGAAAUAUUUAUAUCAAUUUGGUUGUCCAGUAUUGAUGCUUAUAGGUACUAUCAGUUGCAUAUUAAAUUUAAUUAUAUUUACUCAAAAAACUCUUCGAAAAAAUCCCUGUUCACUCUAUUUUAUUGGAUACAAUCUUGCUAAUUUUCUAUAUAUUUACUCAUCAUUAUUAUCUCUCACACUUGGUGUUGGAUACAAUAUUGAUCCAAGUGCAUACAAUCUGAUCAUCUGUCGUUUACGUCUUUACGCAGUCAUUCUUUUCAAUUGUCUCAGCCCAUUUUAUAUGAUUUUGGCAUCUAUUGAUCGCAUUUUGAUUACGUCACCCAAUGCUCUUACUCGAAAACGAAGCAAUCGUCGUCUCGCUUAUAUAUGUAUACUAGUUGGUACAUGUUUUUGGAUGGUAUUUCAUAGUCAUGCAUUAAUUGCUACAAAUAUCAUUCAACUUGCUCCUAAUUAUUUUCUUUGCUAUUUUUCACCAGGUGUUUAUUUUGUUUUCGUAAGUUACUACUCAAUUAUGAAAGAACUUGUGGCACUCUUAUUAUUAACAAUAUUUGGACUAUGGUCUAUAAAGAAUAUUCGAAGUAUGCGUCGUGUUCGAGCUGCUCCUGAUAUAUCUUUGAGUGGAACUGCCGUAGGAGAUAAUGCGUAUUCUACUUCUUCUAAAGAUCGACAACUCGUUUUGAUGUUACUGAUGGAUAUCACAAUCUAUGGGCUAUUUAGUUUUAUGUAUGCGAUCUUUCUCAUGUAUCAACAAAUCACUCAAAAUGCUAUUAAAAAUGCUGAACAAAUAGAGAUGGAAAGCAUUAUUCAAUAUUUGUGUUUGUUUGGUAUUGGUAUUCCAUUCUGCACUGGUUGUUAUACAAAUCUGAUUGUAUCAAAAACCUUUCGACAUGAAGUAAAGAAAGUAUUUACAUGGAUAUAA